GGUAUGUUCUUUAAUCCGUUUUUCAGAUUUGAUGGCAUGGAUGACAGCCUUCCGGACAUGUCAUUUGGACGGUCGUCUUUUGAAACAAACAAUGACCACUUAUAUAACGUCUUAGGAGUAUCAAGAGAUGCUACUGAGAGUGAAAUUAAGCGCGCAUACUACUCACUGGCAAAAAAGCACCAUCCUGACAGAGGUGGUGAUGCUGCAAAGUUUCAGGAGAUCCAGGCUGCAUACGAUGUGUUAUCGAACAGCGAAAGACGUCAAAAGUAUGACCUGACCGGAGACACGACCAUUGACGAGGAUCCUAAGAAAGUGUACAAGACCGAUGACAUCCGCAAGGAGGUCUACUGCUCUCUCGAAGAUCUCUAUCAUGGGAAGAGCUUCAACAUGAAAAUCACACGAAAGGUUGUCUGUAUGAAUUGCCACGGGGAAGGAGGGUUUCCUGGGUAUCGCACUCCCUGCCGCUACUGCAACGGAAAGGGCACGAACCAGAUGGAAGUGAUGGACUUCUUUACCAGCCGUAUCGUAGAAAUCGAGUGCCGCAAUUGUCGCGGCAAGGGAGCUCUCUUCAACCUCGCUCUCCAGUGCCCGGUGUGCCACGGGAACCGCGUCGUCUCGGGCGUCAAAGAGGCCAGCAUUUACUUACGGCCCGGCAUGGGCAACGGCAGCGAAAUCCACAUUCCACAAGCGGCUGACGAGGCGCCCGGCCUCGCAGCAGGCGACGUAGUUUUAGCCAUUAAGGAGCGCUCUCACCCCACGUUUUCCAGAAAGGGCGCCGAUUUGAUGGUGCGCGUGAGUGUUACGCUUGGCGAAGCGCUCUGCGGAUUUACCAAACAACUACAGCACUUGAGCGGCAAAAUGCUGCAAUUGCGAGCCGCGCCGUGCCAAGUGACCCCAGGAGCCGUAUUGGUUCUGCCAAAUGAGGGGAUGCCCGUGGAGGGAAGUCUAACCCAAUACGGAGCUCUCUAUGUGGAAUUUUCUGUCGAGUUCCCGCAAUCGAUGGCGCCGGAGCAGGUCGAUUCGUUGCGCACACUCUUUAAUGUUCCUCCUUCUCAAGCGCUACCUCACAUGGAAAUAUUGGAUCUGCUCCCACAGACUGCGCCGUUUGGGAGUACGGAGCCGAGUAUCAAGUCUCCAGUAGUGGUUGGCGGGAGAAUUGACCUGUAGAAAGAGGCGUACGAAGAAGACUCGGUAGAGAGGUAGUAGCAGUAGCAGUAGCAGUAGUACUAGCUGCGUUUUUGUGUUGGCUCAUGUACAAUAAUGGUAUGCGUUGUAUCAUAAGUGACUUGUUUGUUGAAAAAUAAACUGGUGCGUCCAAUGGGCGUGCGAUCUCGCGUGUAUCUCGCGAGUGGAAAAUGGAGUUUUCAUAAUUUUGUUGAUAAAGGUAUGCAUUUGCAAUAUGGAGCAUUUGUGUGAACCGUGUAGCUUAUGAUUGGAACUUAGGACACCUUUGAGUGCAACAUGAAAAUUACUAUUGUUCUGAAGCUAUAUUUUAUGUACACAAAUGAAGAAAAUAUAUUCAUCAUGAACACAUGUAGUGAAAUCAUUAUGAAUGCUGCUUUCCUUCUGAGUGUGUCGUUUGUGAAAUUGGAUGAUGUAUUACUAAUUGGGAAUCUCUAUGAACCCUGAUUACAAAAAUUAGUGUCAUCUUUGAUCUGACAAUUUCUUUUCUUUUUUCUUUCUUUUUGUUGACGAUGACGAUCCGACUAGAGUCUCUGAUCUUCUAAUUCUACAUGAAGAUACAACCUUGGCUGUCUGAGUCUUUUGUUGAAUAGGAUGAACUUUUUUCUCUUGAUUCCUGAGAGUAUUAAGAGCUUUUUAAUACUGAUUUUCUCAUUAUAUAUAUAUUAUAUAUAUUAUAAGCAUUGUGAAUAUCAUUAGAUAUGCAUAAUAGAGAGCCAAAAACUAAUGUCUAUAUAGAUAGAUCGCGGAAAGAAGGUAUGUUGCAUUCUCGUUUGCGUUGAGUCGCUUCGUUUGCCAUUCAUCAGAAACAUUCCAUUCCACAUGAUGAAUUGAUCAAUUCUGACAUCUCUACAAUGAGUCAUCAGACAGUGAUAUUUGAUCUAUCCUGAAGUGGAUGUUGUUGCAAUUUUCAUCGGUUCCAUCUAACUGUAUUUUAGGCUCGUGUGGACGAGUAGUGGUGGUGGAGUAGUUGAAUCGUUUGUUGUGUACA